UCCCUGCAGAAAGAUCAGAAGCGCUCCAGAGAUUUCCGUUCAAGCCAGUGGGCGGUGCGCGCACGCUGUACGUGAGCGCGCGCGUCCGCAGUCAUCCAGCCCGCUCUCCUUAAACCGAGCCAGCAGAACCAAGCCAAGCGGAGCCAGUCUGCGCCGAGCCGCCAAGCCCAGACAGGACUGGCUCAUGAUGACCUCUUAGUGCGUCUUCACGUAACCGAUGAAACACGAAGCCUUUAUUUGCAGGCUUUAAUUACGUUGAGCUCAUCGGCACCAUGGACUCUACAGUAAUGUGGACCGAUGUUUGCAUCUGGCAGCUGCUUCUAAUCAGCCACACAGUUCUGGCAGUGGAACCGGUGUCCCAAGGCCUGGAGAAGCUCCCUGAAGAUUUGAACUGGUCCUACUCAGGUAGCCUGAACCAGCAGAACUGGGAGAAGAGUUACCCGUCCUGCAAUGGCGCUCGGCAGUCUCCUGUGGACAUCGAUGAGAUGUUUACCCAGGUCAGGAUGCAGUACCAGAACCUACACCUAGAGGGUUGGCACUUACCGACAUCAGAGUCCACCACCAUCCAAAACAAUGGGAAGACCGUGGCCAUAAAUGUAGAGGGGGAUGUCUUUGUAAGCGGAGGAGGGCUGAGCUCCAGGUUUCGUGUGUCCAGACUCAGCUUCCAUUGGGGACGCUGCAACACAACAUCAGAUGGUUCUGAGCACAGUCUGAACGGAAUGAAAUACCCACUGGAGAUGCAGAUCCAUUGUUACAAUCCCGAUGAAUUUCAAAGCUUAGAUGAUGCGAUUGAGAAAGGAGGAAGGGUUGCUGCCUUGGCUGUUCUUUUUGAGGUGAGCCUGGACGACAAUGAGAACUUCAGUCCUAUUGUGGAGGCAAUCAAUGUUGUGAGCAGAUUUGGUAAGAGUGGAUCAGUGGACACUUUCACCUUGAGGUCCCUCCUGCCCAACAUCACUGCUAAGUACUACAUCUACAACGGCUCGCUGACCACUCCUCCGUGCUCUGAGUCUGUAGAAUGGAUUGUCUUUAAACACACCGUUGCCAUAUCAGAAGCGCAGCUGGAAGUUUUUUGCGAGGUGAUGACCAUGGAGCAGGCAGGGUUUGUGAUGCUCACCGAUUACCUGCAGAACAACUUCAGGGAGCAGCAGCAGCAGUUUAUGGGUCAGGUGUUUGCCUCCUACACCGGUGUGGAGGAUAUACCCACACCCACAUGUAGCUCGGAGCCACAGAACGUUCAGGCCGAUGCUCAGAAUGACACGACCAUCGUGGUGACGUGGGAGCGUCCCCGCGUGGUUUUUGACACAGCCAUCAACUGGUAUGCUGUCACCUACCAGAGGCUUCAGGGCAGAGAUCAGAACAAGCGGGAGUACAGGACUGAUGGAGACCAAGAUGUGGGUGCCAUUAUCUCCAGCCUGCUGGCCAACAGCAGCUACGUGGUUCAGGUGGUGGCCAUUUGCAACAAUGGCCUCAAAGGACGAUGGAGCGAUCAGAUUAUAGUUGACAUGCCGUUAGAAGACCCUGAAAGCGAUUCCACUCCUGACGCUGUGACCAAAGAGGCUGAAAACCACAGGGAGGCAUCAGAUGUAGCUGGACUUAAGACGCCAGAGAACCAGAAUCACCUGGAUCUGGCUUCAGAAGACCACAGUCCAGUGGAGGAAAUCCCAGCUGAUCAGACAAGAGUUUACCAGAACCAGCCAACCCAGCAUCAGAGACAGCCCACAAAUCAAACCCAAGCAAGCCAACAAACACCAGUCCAGACUGCCAAACAAUUAACCCCAAACAAGCCACCUGAGUCUGUGACUCAACAAAAGGCACAACCAGUGGAGAGUGUGAGAGAGAAAACGAGCCUAAACAGGCUGACCCCUCAUUCUGGCGAUCAGAACUGGAUAGAAGAUGAUCAGCUGAUCCCAGCACACUCAUCUUUUACAAGUCCAAGUUUUGACAGCACCAGUUCCAUUUGGGUUAACCGGAUAACUGAGGAACCGGGCCUUCUGUUUCCAGUUGCUCGGACAACAACGCCGCCACCAGUUCGUCGGCAAAUCACAGAAGAGGCGUCGUUGUCAGUCUUGUCACCUCAGCCUAUAGAUCUUGAGCUACCAGAACAAUCUAGUGAAAAUAAACCCACUACGUCUCACAUGUUCAUCCACCCUACGGAGGACAUCCAGGUCACAGAUAUCUUCUAUGAAGACACCGUCACUAUCUCUCCGCAGGAAAUCAUCACCCACCCUCCAACAGUAUCCGCUCCUGUGGUGCAGAGUAGUGAAGAGCACAAAGACACACUUUUGAACCCUCAGGAUCGCGGAGCCACUGUACACAAACUUCUCCAAAAAUCCAUCAUCUCUGAUUCAGCCACCCCUUCCUCAGAGUGGAUCACGGAAAAUGCAGCAACAGCAGGCAACACUCUGUCCGACUCGUUCUAUAAAUCCUUCACUACCUCGUCUUUGGUCAGAGGGCUGAUGCACACCACUCAGGCGCUGUUCAAUGAGGGCAGAAAUAGCAGCCACGAAUCUCGGGUCGGGCUGGUGGAAGGCGUGGAGAAAGACAAGAGGACAGUAGUUCCUCUGGCUAUCGUCUCCACUCUCACUAGCCUGUGUCUGCUGGUACUAGUGGGUAUACUCAUCUACUGGAGAAACUGCUUCCAGGCAGCUAAUUUCUACCCUGAUGAACCUGCAUCACCUAAAGUCCUUUCUGUUCCCUCCACGCCUCUGCUGCUUGCCACAGAUUGCCACGAGCCGCUGACGGUAAAGCAGUUUGUGAAGCAUGUCCUAGAGCUUCACAGCACUAACACCUUCUCCAAGGAGUUUGAGAUUGUGAAAGAGUCAUAUGAGGAUGUGCAGGCGUGUACAGUCGACAUGGGCAUCACUGCCGACAACUCAAAUCACCCCGACAACAAAAGCAAGAACCGCUACAUUAACAUACUGGCCUAUGAUCACAGCAGAGUGAAGCUCUCCAACAGUUUGGACAGAGAUGGGAAAUGUGGGGAUUACAUUAAUGCUAACUUUGUUGAUGGUUAUGAGCGAACAAGGGCAUACAUCGCAGCUCAGGGGCCUCUGAAAGGAAGCAGGGAGGACUUCUGGAGGAUGAUCUGGCAGCAGAAUGUUGGAGUUAUUGUCAUGAUCACCAAUCUGAAGGAGAAAGGACGCACGAAAUGUGACCAGUACUGGCCAGAAGAGAAUCAAGAGGAUUACGGUGCUUACCAGGUGGCUCUGAGAAGCACCAAGACUCUGGCUUACUACACACUGCGGACAUUCACAGUCAGGGACACAACAAAUAAGGUGCCUCAAAAGAGAGUUGAACACACGUUGCUGCAUUUCCACUACACCCAGUGGCCGGACAUGGGCGUUCCAGAGUACACGCUGCCUGUUCUGUCCUUCAUCAGAGCAUCAUCUGGGGCCCGAACGCAGGAGAUGGGACCCGUCCUGGUACACUGCAGUGCUGGUGUAGGAAGAACAGGAACCUACAUAGUGAUAGACAGCAUGUUGCAGCAGAUCCAAGAUCAGGGUACAGUAAAUGUUCUCGGCUUCCUUAAACACGUCCGGACACAAAGGAACUUCCUGGUUCAGACGGAGGAGCAGUAUGUGUUCAUCCAUGAUGCUCUGGUGGAGGCCAUCCUUAGCCGGGACACGUCCGUCACCUCUGAGCUUCUCCACAAUUACGUUUCUGACCUCCUGAUCCCAAGCACCACAGGAAGAACCCGCAUGGACAAACAGUUCAAGCUCAUAAGUCAGCGCCAAGCAAAGCAGGCAGACUACAGCACUGCCCUGAAGGACGGCAACGCUGAGAAGAACAGAGCAAGAGCGCUGAUGCCUGUGGAGAGAUCGAGAGUUUCUCUGACGGCCUCAGAAACCAACCCCACCGGCUACAUCAAUGCCUCUUAUGUUACUGGACACUACUGCUGUAAAGAGUUCAUAGUGAGCCAGACUCCUCUGAGCGGCACAGUGGAAGACUUCUGGAGAAUGAUCUGGGAACACAACACGCACACCGUUGUCUGUCUGCCAGACGUACACCAUCAGAAUGAAAAGAGGGACUGCUGUGUCUACUGGCCGAGCAAAGGCCAGCAAAUGAGCUUUGAUGGUUUCACUGUGUCUUACACGGGGGAGGAGCUUGUACAGCUGGCCAAUGAUGAGAGACUUCUUGUGCAGGAUUUUACAGUGCUGUCUGCUCAGAAUGAUUGCAUCCUGCAUGUACGCCAGUUCAGUACCCCCUGCUGGCCCAAUCCAGACAGUCCCAUCAGGAACAGUUUUGACCUCAUCAGCAUUGUCAGAGAGCACAGCAGACAAACACAGGACCCUGUAGUCGUGCAUGAUCCUUCGGGAGGCUCUACAUCAGGGCUCUUCUGUGCCCUUACCACCCUGUUCAAUCAGUUAGAGGAGGAGGGAGCAGUGGAUAUCUACAUGGUGGCACGGAUGACCAACCUCAUGAGACCUGGGGUUUUUAAUGAUGUUGAGCAGUACCAGUAUCUCUACCGAGCCAUACUGAGCCUGGUGAGCAGCCAGGAGGACCAGAGGGCCCUGCAGAGUCCAGAGACGAAUGGAUCUGUGCCGCUGGGACAGUCCAACAUCACAGAGAGCCUGGAGUCGCUCAUGUAGACCUACUCACACUCUCACAUGUUGUGCAGGAACGUGUGGGCGGUUUGUGGCUGUGGAAAGUGAGCCUGAAAAUGCUUUAAAGUCCAGUUUGCUCUUUAGCCAUCAGAUGAUUUUGGUCAUUUAACAAUUCAUUACAAUGCUUCUGGCUUUCUUUCAAAAACAACAAUGCUCAUCACUGGGAGAUUGAACUACUGCUGAUGCUACACAUAGGCACAGCACCUGAAAGACUGUUUGCUAUUUAAAGUGCUCCUUUUUCACACAUUUCACGGCUGCGGACACAUCUUUUAACAGAUCUGUCAGCUUAGAAGGAACAAACCUACUUACAGUGACUUAUCUGCCAGCUUUUGUGUCCUCACCUUAGAUGACUGUAUAUUUUUAUCCUAAAAUAAAAACACAGCACAGCAGUGCAUCAUGUGUUGAGCAUCAUAUAUUUUUCCCAACUUUAACUAUACAUUUACAUUUUUUAGUGGCAGAUAUUAAAUUAAUAAGUCGAAAUGUUUAUAUUUUGGUCACAGUAUGUAUCUAGAAUGCAACAGAACAAAGGCAUGGGUGAAGGGCUCCCGUGAGGCACUCAUUUCUGAUUAAGUACAAUAUUUGAUUAGGUUCCAAUCUUUUUAAUUAAAGUAUUCAUGUUUUAAAGAUACAAUGCAGGUCACAGGUUAUGACAGUGCAUAGCAGUAUUGUAAUUUUUUGUGGCAAUCAGCCAGAACUUCAGCUACAAUUUUGGUCUAAUUAGAAUUAAUAGUAGCCUAAUAUGAAUAGUUUUUGUUACAAAGAAAAUAUCCCAAACUAAACACUUUGUCAUUUUUUUUAGUUAUUUUUUCUUAAAAUGUUGGAGUGAGAAGUGAAGGUAUCUAAGAGGAAGCCAUGCUGUUUGAAUUCUCUAAAUGUUAAGGAUGCUGUCACACUGCUGUGUGCAUUUACAUAGAUAAAAAGUGCUUCCCGCCGGACUAAAGAUGAACAAUUAAAGCAUCAGUGCGACCUGUUUGCCGCCUGUUAUGCACCCUGUUUUGUAUAGUGCAUUUUCUCUGGACAAAUUGAUAGAGAGAGCAGAUACAAAAUGGUUUAGUCUGAGUGUAACCAGAGCUCAAAAAGAAAAAAGCCCCACCAGGAAAUGUCAUCCUUUGAUGAUCUUAAUUUUGUGUUUCUCUAUUUAACAAUCUGGUAUAGUGCAGCACUUCUAGGGAAGAUGGAAUGGCCAGCCAGGAGACAGGGACAUACAAACCAGGUUUUAUUUUGUGUUCCCCUUACGACAUUUACUGAGUAUAAUGAAAUGAAACCAUGAUGCUUACAUAACAUUUAAAGAAUUCAAAGGCGUUUUAGAACUUGCUCAUUUAAUUUAUGCCCCACCGUUCCUUGAGGCUGCAUCAUUUAAAGUGAUGCUCGGGCAGCUUUACUAAUCAAAGUCCACAUAAAUAAACAAAAGAUCAUGGGUUAAGAUGUGAGAAGACUCUCAGUGAACCUGACCUGACCAUUGAUCUAUGGUGAAAACUGCAGAAUGCAAAAAUGCCUUGGUAUCCUCCUCAACAGCUGCAACAUUUUGUCUUUACAUAGUUGAUUCGUUACAGUUUGAUAAAGAUAUUAGCAACAGAUUGGUAACCAAAAAGAACUUUUGUACCCGACCAUUCAGAGAUUGCUGUGUCUAAAGGGAUUAUACAAAGUGUGCAUGGCCCCUGUUAAAAUGUAGUUGUUAUGAUGUAAAAAAUGUGACAAUGAGAAAUAAUCUCAAAACCUUUAAGUACGCAGUGCACACAUGUACAAUAAAACUGUAUUGAAGCACAUCUUAA